UUCCUGUUUGAUUUCUUCGUUCAGAGGUCACAUGGCAUGCUCUCUACACUGACACAAUGCCUUAAUUUCUUCAGCCCUGUAGCCUGUAGGUGGUCCAUCACUACCCCCUUCCCACUUUCCAGUACUUACUUACCACGUUGUAUAAGCAGAACACACUUACCAUCUAACUUUCCUCUGCCAUCUGCCAUCUCUUCCUUCUUUCAUUUUCUUUGAUUUCUGCUAUUUCAUCCAUGGCUGAGGUUGCAGGCCUACUUCUCUCCCCCUUCCUUCAAGUACUCUUUGAAAGAGUUGCUUCCCGCGAGUUCCUUGACUUCUUCCGAAGCCGAAAACUUGACCGUGGACUCUUAAAGAGGCUGGAGAUAGUACUGUUGUCUGCGAAUGUGGUGCUCGAAGAUGCAGAGGAAAUGCAAUUUACAAAGCCUACGGUGAAAAAGUGGCUUGAUGAGUUCAAAGAUGCCGUCUAUGAUGCAGAAGAUAUCCUGGAUGAGAUUCAAACCGAAGUCUUGAAAUGCAAGUUGGAUGCUGAAUUUCAUACUGUCGCAACUAAGGUACGAAAAACCAUCUCUACUUCUCUUAAUCCUUUUGUCAGGGAGAUAGAACCAAAGAUAAAUGACGUACUCCAGACAUUGGAUCAUCUAGUAAAACAGAAGGAUGCUAUAGGUUUGAAAGAAAGCGUUGGAGGGAAAUCAUCCGGAAGAUCGUCCACUACUUCUUUGGUUAAAGAAUCUGAUAUUUUUGGUAGGACUGAUGAUAUGGAGGCAAUAAUUAGUUUGUUGCUCUCAGAUAACGUAAGUGGAAAUGAGUUGUGUCUUAUUGCUAUUGUUGGCAUGGGGGGACUUGGGAAGACAACCCUUGCUCAACUUGUUUACAACGAUGACAGGAUGGAGGGGCAUUUUGAUCUUAAAGCUUGGGUUUGUGUUUCCGAUGAUUUUGAUGUGUUAAAGAUGACGAAAACAAUUUUAGAGAAACUUGGAUUGUCAAUUAACAGUGAUACAAAGAGUCUAGAUUGGCUUCAAGUUACACUACAGCAGAACCUGACGGGGAAGAGAUUUCUUCUUGUUUUAGAUGAUGUUUGGAAUAAGAAUUAUUCAGAAUGGGAGGCCUUAAGCAAUCCCUUUAAAUCUGGGGCAGAAGGGAGUAGGGUGAUUGUAACCACACGGGAGAGACGUGUUGCAUCAAUCAUGCACUCUACUGCAAUUUACGAUCUAAAGACAUUACAAGACGAUGAUUGCUGGUCACUAUUUUCAAAACACGCGUUUCAUUCUGGUAACUCGGAUGCCCAUCCAGAGUUGGAAGUAAUUGGUAGACAGAUUGUUAAAAGUUGUAAAGGCUUACCUUUAGCAGUCAAGACAAUUGGAGCUCUCUUGUGGUCUGAACUAGACAUCAGGGAGUGGAAUAAGAUAAUGAUGAGCGAAAUAUGGGACUUGCAGAGUGAUAUUAUUCCUGCUCUAAGAUUAAGCUACAAAUAUUUGCCCUUACAUCUAAAGCGUUGCUUUGCUUACUGUUCAAUUUUUCCUAAAGAUUAUGAUUUCAAGAAAGAAGAUUUAAUCUUAUUGUGGAUGGCUGAAGGUUUCUUGCCACAACCAAAAGACAAAGCAAUGGAACAAAUUGGUGAUGAUUACUUUGCUGAUCUUGUAUCAAGAUCAUUGUUCCAACAAUCAAGUGAAGAUGCGCACAAAUUCGGAAUGCAUGAUCUUGUCAACGACUUAGCAAGAUUUGUAUCUGGACAAUUUACCUUCAGAAUAGAGGGUGAAAAUUCUUUCGAAAUUGUGAACAAGACACGCCAUUUGUCAUUUCUCACAGAAAGUAGUGGUAAUGUUGAAAAGUUUGGGGCACUUCAUGAGGCAAAGGGGUUGCGAACUUUCCUACCAAUACAUAAUUAUAGUAUACCGAGAGCUAAAGCACUUGUGCAUGGUUUGCUGCCAAUGCUAAGAUGCUUACGAGUUCUUAUUCUGCCCCAUUCUCUAAAUUUGACCAAAUUGCCCGAUUCAAUUGGCAAAAUGAAACAUCUACGGCAUUUGGAUGUUUCUUGGACUUCAAUUAGGAAGCUACCUGAUUCCAUAUGCAAGUUGUGCAAUUUGCAGACUUUGAAAAUAUCGUCAUGCCAGAAGCUUACUAUAUUACCCAGAGAUAUUCAUAAGCUCGUUAAUUUGCGUCAUCUUGAUUUCCGUUUUACUCCCAUAAAGGAGAUGCCAGUACAAUUGGGUAGACUAUGUUGUCUUCAGACUUUGACUAAAUUUAUUGUUAGUAAACAAAGUGGAGCGGGCAUAGGAGAGCUGGGGAAACUGGCAAAUCUUGGGGGGAAGCUCCUCAUUUCGGAUCUCCAAAAUGUUGUAUCUCCUAUAGGUGCUUUGGUUGCAAGCUUGAAUGAUAAAAAGUAUCUGGAGGAGUUGAGGUUAGAAUGGAAUGAUGAUGAUAAUAAUAUUUCAGAAAGUCAAAGCGCCGUUUUGGAAAAUCUCCAGCCCCAUGCAAACUUGAGAAGUCUCUCUAUCAUCGGCUAUGGUGGUAAAAAUUUUCCAGACUGGAUCGGGCAUCAUUCAUUUUCUAAUAUCGCAUCUCUUUAUCUAUUAAAGUGCAAGCAUUGCUCUGUCUUGCCACCACUUGGACAGCUACCUUCUCUGCAGUCCCUUUCUAUUGCUAAGUUUGAUGGAAUUGAUGCCUUGGGUCGAGACUUUUAUGGCAAUUCUUCUUCUUCAACGAAACCAUUUGGAGCCUUGAAAGUUUUGAAGUUUAUAGACAUGCCGAAGCUAGAGAAAUGGUCUGCUUUUGGUGCCGAAAAUGAAGGUGGAGCUUUUACUCAUCUUGAAGAGCUUCAGAUUGUUAACUGCCCCAAGUUAACAGGAGAGUUGCCCAUCCAUCCUUCUUCUUUAUCUAGACUUGUGAUAAAGAAAUGUCCGUUGUUGGUGACUUCAAUUCCAAGUGCUGCUACCCUACGUCAACUGGAGCUAAGAGAUUGUAAUGAGGCUCUCUUCAAGGAAUUGCCAACGGGAUUGCAGAAACUUGCAAUCGAAGGAUUUGAUACUCUACAGUCCGUACCGGAGAGAUUGAUGGACUUCAGCAGUUGUCUGGAACGGUUAGAAAUUAGUGGUUGUCACUCGCUUACAUCGCUGUCCAGUGGUGGUCUACCUUCUACAUUAAAAAUCCUUAUGAUCAAAGAUUGUAGGAAGUUAGAGCUUCCGAUGCACUGGAACUAUUCUUCCCUUGAAAGAUUCCGAUUAGAAAAUUGUUGUGAUUCUCUAGAGUCCUUUCCACUAAACUUAUUCUCAAAUCUGAAAUCCAUCGCACUAAAUGGAUGUAGGAAUCUGGAGUUUGUUAAUGUUCCGCAACAAGUUGAACUUGAUUUUGUGGCCUUGUCAUCACUGCUAAUAACAAAUUGUCCUAAUUUUGUAUCAUUUCCCAAUGGAGGAUUGAGUGCCCCAAAACUUAGGUCUUUUCAUGUCAUCAAUUGUCGGAGUCUAACAUCACUACCUGACAAGAUGCACAUACUCCUUCCUUCUCUUUCUCAGUUGUAUUUAGAGAAUUGUCCAGAAGUUGAGUCAUUCCCUGAAGGAGGUUUGGCUUCCAAACUGACUUAUAUUGACAUCAUAGACUGUGACAAACUCUUCGCCAAUAGAAGGGAUUGGGGAUUGCAAAAUCUGCCCUCCAUUCGAGUCAUUACUAUCCAAGGCAAUUGUAAAGAUGUGGAGUCCUUUCCGGAGGCGGGAUUGCUUCCUGCGAAUUUGGUUUCUCUUGACAUCGGUAAAUUUCCAAAUAUGAAAUCUUUGGACUAUAAGGCCCUUCGACACCUCACCUCUCUUGAUCGAUUGUGGAUCAGUUCCUGCCCUAUGUUGAAGUUUAUGCAAGAAGAAGGGUUGCCUGCCUCCAUUUCUACUCUAGGGAUCAACCAAUGUGCUUUGUUGGAGAAACAAUUACAAAGCAGAAAAGGAAAAGUAUGGCGCAAGAUUGCUGCUCCCAUCCCCCGCAUUAAGAUUAAUGGUACAUUGAUUUGACAAAAAUACAAGUCUAGCGAGAGUCCCCAAUUUCAGUUAUAUAAUCUACAACACAAAUGGACGACAACAAAGCUGCAGGUUUGUUCCAGUGAUACAUGUUUCUAGACAUCUCCUUUUGGAUGUUCUUCCUUAAUUCCUUAAUACGGUCAGCUGCCAUUGGCAAAUAACUGGCGUCAUGUGCUUGGAAUCAAAUUGUGUAUCCUCAUGGGGAUUGUGUCUUAAGAAGAGUCCUAUCUUCUGUUAUUGAACAGGGAGUUGCAAUGUAAAUUCCCCAGAACCUGAACUUAUUGGUAGAACAGAAAGACAAACACGAGUAAUUGAAUGAUUGACCUCAGGUACUAACUUCUUUGCAA